CAGGCCACGCUACAGGAAGCCGUAGCCUCCGGUGAUAAAUAGGAGACCCAGGAGCACAGGAUGCGCGUCGGGCCAGCUCGGCGGGACCAGGGGAUGCAAGCCGGCGGCUGACGAGCCUGUCCGUCUGUCCAUCCGUGCAGCCGUCGGGAUGGCUGUCACCCGGCUGCUGUUGCUGCUGCUGCUGGCGCUGGGCUGUGCCGGGGAGGACGCCGCGGUGCUCUGCGCCGACACCGCCUGCUACACGCUGCACCGCGCCGAGCUGGGCUGGAACGCGGCGCAGAAGCGGUGCCAGGACGACGGGGGCAACCUGGCCACGGUGGGUGGCCCUGCCGAGGCGCAGCGGCUGUGGGAGCUGCUGGCGGCCAUCGGCUGGAGGGGCGCAGCCUGGAUCGGUCUGUCGCUGCCGCGGGGCCACUGCAUGCAGCCGCAGGAGCCGCUGCGGGGCUUCUCCUGGGUGGCCGGCAGGGAGCCGGGGAACUAUUCGGCGUGGCUGGCUGAGCCGGCCGUCACCUGCCUCAGCGCCCGCUGCGUCGGGCUGCAGCCCCACGGCCUCUCCACUGGCUGGGCCGACCGGCCAUGCCGCGCGGCGCUGCCCGCCUUCCUCUGCAAGUUCAGCUUCCGUGGGAUGUGCGGGCCCCUGCGGCUGGCUGGCCCCGGCCGCAUCACCUACACCACCCCCUUCAGGGUGCGCAGCCCCCGGCUGGACGCGGCCCCCUUUGGCACACUGGCUGAGGCUGAAUGCGAGGGGGGCGCAGGUCCGGCUUUCACCCUCUGCAAGGGGUCGCUGGAGGGGGGCGGCUUCGCCUGGGACCCCCCCGGGCCCCUCUGUCCCUUGGGCUGCGCCCAGCGCAAUGGUGGCUGCCAGCACCGCUGCCUGGAGGAGCCGGGGCAGCCCCCGCGCUGCGCCUGCCACCCCGGCUUCGUCCUGGCACCCGACAUGGCCUCCUGCCUGCCCGAGGACGCCUGUCACCCCAACCCCUGCCAGGGGACGUGCCGGGCGCACCCCGGCGGCUUUGAGUGCGGCUGCGAGGAUGGCUACACCCUGGCACCCGAUGGCCGGCACUGCGUGGACGUGGACGAGUGCCUGGCCGAGCCCUGCCAGCACGAGUGCCAAAACACAGCCGGCAGCUUCGUCUGCCUCUGCCAGCCCGGCUACCGGCCCGCGGGACCAAGUGGCCGCCACUGCCACGACGAGGACGAGUGCGCCCAGCCCGGCGUCUGCCACCAGCUCUGCCUCAACGUCCCCGGAUCCUUCCACUGUGCCUGCCGGCCCGGCUACCAGCGCCAGCCCGGCGGUGAUGCCUGCGUGGACGUGGACGAGUGCCUGCGGGACCCCUGCCCCGGGCCCUGCCGCAACCUGCCCGGCAGCUUCGAGUGCCUCUGCCCGCCCGGCUCCGUCCCGCAGGAUGACGGACGUGGCUGCCACCCCGCACCCACCACAGCGCAGCCUGCGGGGUCCCCCAACGGCACCCUGCGCACCACGGGCACCCCCCGCACCACGAGCAUCCUCCGCACCACGGGCACCCCACGGACCACAGGCAUCCCCCCAACCAUGCGCAUCCCCACAGGGGUGACACCGCCAGCCCCCACAGCAGCUGGUUCGGCUCCUGGCCCCGAGCACAGCGCUGACGGCCCCCGGCUGCUUCUCUACUACAUCCUGGGCAGCCUGGUCGCCAUCCUGCUGCUGCUGGCCUUCGCCCUGGCCCUGCUGGCCUGCAGGAGGAGGGCGGCCAAGAGGGAGAAGCAGCCGGCCAAAAACGCGGCGGACAACUACUGCUGGGUGCCCGAGCAGCCCGAGAGCCGUCGGGCCAGCGGCGAGCGCAGCGGCUGGGAGAAGCGGUGAAUUCUUGGAAGGCCCGCAGAAAAUUCAUGCCCUGCCCGUGUUAAGACAAGCCAGAAAAGCCUUUUGAAUACAUGAAUUGAUUAAGGAAGUGAAUAAUCCUCCCGAAAUCAGUGGGACGACCUACAUACGUCCAACGAUGCCCGCGUUGUCCCACCUCUCUAUGGGGAAAAUGCAGCCGCAGCCACGUGCCUCACGUUGCAAGGGCUAUUUGGGUGGCUUUAGCAAAAACUGAGGCAUUUUCCAGAUGUUAACAGUCUCGGGAGUGUUUCUGCCUUGUUUUUCGGCUAAGGUAUCAGUUCAUUGCUGUACAUAGCACUGAUUCCACUACAAAAAGAGGAGUGUGGGCUCACAGCUGGUACAAAUCGGAGCGGUGUUAUUUACUCCAGAAAUUCCUCACUAAAACCUAUAACCCUGAUUUCUGUCACGACCUGUGUGCAUUCCGGUGUGUGUCCUGUGCUACUCAUGGACUACGGCAGCGGGCCCAGCCUAGGGAAGACACUAAUCCGAGCCUAGGUUUAGUCUGGCUUCUCUCUGGUGGGAUAUUUCCUGAUGUAGCAUCCUGGCAGCUACCUCUGCUUCCCCUUCCCUCCCUAUAAUAUAUAUGUACACAAGACCUGUCGCUGUCCUGCUGUCACCAGGGCAGGACGGGCCAGCUGACGCAUCCCAAACGCUUUGUACAGAUCAACUGGUUUGUCCCCAGUUACCCACUGUAUUGUCACAGUCCAGAACUAAGAGACUCUUCGUCCUUUGUGGAAACGGCGCGUCAGCUUUGCAUCAGCCUUUGAUAAAAGACUCGAAUAACGCUCUGUGUUGCUUUUCUGAUGGAAUGCCAAUAAAAUCUAAACAGAA